AUGAGUUCCAGAGUAUCUGAAACCGGUCGAUUACCCAUGACCAGAUGCAGUAUGACGGAUGUGGUUGGUCUUGCUGGACGCAAAGUGCGACUACCACAGAUAUGGAGUGAUCGAGACAAAUGCGGUGAAAAUGGUAACAUACCGCUUCUGCCAAAUCGUGAAAAAGCGUUGGAUGAUAUCACUGUUGUUUUGGCUAUCUCUAUGCUCAUGUUUGGUGGUGAACGAUUGACUCCUGGCUUGGCCGGUCUAGCAUUGACUAACGUACACGCCAACAAGUUGUCGAGUUGGUACACGUCGCACCUGGCAAAGUUGUACAAGAAAUAUCCACCAUCAAACAGUUGCGAUGUCAAACAAGGUACUAGUCAUUGGUUGAAGCAUACAGCGCAGCACCAUCUAGACACUGCUGGUUUGUCGAUGGCGGCUAAAAUGUGGGCUGGUCACAAGGUGGACGAAGGAAGCAGGACCAACUACUUUUACACACGUUUUGGUUAUCUACUUGAAGGUCAAAAGUGUCUCAGCGGUUGGUACAAACUGCAGGGUGAAUUCCCAGAUGUUGUGAUUCCGGAUUUUCAAGACGUCGGCACACCAAACUGUGUCGCUACAGGCGACAAACUUUGCUCUGCUCUUUUUGGUCAUGUUGAUUGUGUUGAUUAUUCUUUCAAACGGUGUAUCUUGGUUUGUUUUUUGGCAAAAUGGGAUGCAUUGUUGGACCUGUUGCAAGAAGGUAUUCAGGAUGUCAACGAGCACAUCCUUGUGAGUCGUGUAAAUGUACUGCUAACACAGAAGAAUGUCUCCCACGAGGAGUUUCAUGCCUUCAAGGCAGGAUGUUGCAUACUGCCAUCUUACUCUCCUGGGUCUGUAAAGGAAUCAAGCCAGCGUCCAAAAGACGCUCCAGAAUCAUCGUCGUCGAAGCAAUUUAUUGCGAUGCAGCCCAAAACGGGACCAACAGUGCAAGCGUUUAUUGGUCAAUUGAAGACCAAAGUACAUCCAGUAGAGGUUCUACUCAAGUGGCUUCAUCAUGUUCUGAUGGGAGGGUCUUUGAUUGCCGUUUGUGUUGAUAAUAAGACUGAAAACAAAUGGCGACGAACUGUUAAAGCUAUCAAAGUCAUGCUCAUGUUUAUGGAACGAUGGCCUGAACCUCGGGAGUUGACUUUGACUUUUUUGACUCCCGUGCAUGAGGGUUUGAUCCAACGAUUCGGAUCCAAAUUUAGUCUUGCUUCUUUGGCAAAAGAAAAGAACAAAAACAACUACCCAGAAAAUAUACCGAUUCUUGUCAAGCAAUUUUUAAUUAAUAAACAUUAA